AACAAAACAAAACAAGAACAGUUUUUGAGAACCUCAGAGCUUUGAGGUAAAAGGGAAAAUCAUAGAAAAACAAAACCAACCCAAAGAAGAGAGAGAAAAGGAGGAAGGGAGUCUAUUAAGAGAGAGAGAGAGAGAGAGGAGAGAGAGAAGAAGAGAGGUGGGUUUGUGUGUGUGUUUUGGAGAUCUUGUCAGAUCGGGACCUGAAGUCGAUAUGAAGCUUCAUGACACUCAUCCAAUAAUCUUUCCAUGCAGUGUCAUGGGGAGGGAAAUUACUGGAGUACGGGUGGAGAAGAAGUCAAAUGGUGUUGUAGUAGCAUCAAAUGGCGUUUCUCAUGAUAAAGUUCGCGUUGUUCCCAAAAUACCAGAAGAAAGCUUUGAAAAAAAGGACUAUGAGGUGAAGGAGUGUACAGAAGAGAACUCGGUCGUUGAGAAAUUUCAUGAGAAACCAGAGGUGCUGGGUGUCAAAACAACAAAUCUUGAUGAGGGCCUGAUAGAGGGGGAAGAUGAGAAUCAUGGGACUCAAAAGUCUAGUGGCAAUCAAAAAUUAAUCUCACCUUCUUCAAAAUCUCCUGCUGCUGGAAACGGGCGCGCAAAUUACACUGUCCCACAGCCUUUUUCUCUGGCAACUGAGAAGCGUGGUUUGUGCACGCAUAGUGUUGGAGCUGAAACUGUCAACUCAGCGACUUCCAACAACAUGCAGUCUCCUAGUGCUUCUAAGAAUUCACAGCCAAACUCGCCUUUCACAUCACGGAAACCUUUGCAACCUGAUAAACUAAAGCAUACCGAUGAAGAAGAUAAUUGGUCUAUUGCUUCCUCUACUGCUGCAUCUGUUCGAACAAUUAAAUCCAGGGUUACUAUUGGACAAGCUCCAACAUUUAGAAGUAGUGAACGGGCAGAGAAACGAAAGGAGUUUUACACAAAGUUGGAUGAAAAACAUCAAGCUCUAGAGGCAGAGAGAAGCCAGUAUGAAGCAAGGACAAAGGAAGAGCAAGAGGCAGCAAUCAAGCAGCUUAGGAAAAGCUUGGUCAUCAAAGCAAAUCCCGUACCUAGUUUCUACUACGAGGGGCCUCCACCUAAGGCUGAACUCAAGAAGCUGCCAUUGACUCGGCCUAAGUCACCGAAACUGAGCCGGAGAAGGAGCUGCAGUGAUGCAACCAACUCAUCUCAGGAAGAAAAGGGAAAAGUAUGUACUCGGGCACAACGCCUCAGCCUCGGAAAUUCUAAAGAAGGCACCACCCCAAAUAGUCUCAAAAGUAAGGGUCAGGUCAGCAGCAGACGCAACAGCCAAACCAAACAGGAGGAGAUAACAAAAACAGCUCCUGCUAAGAUCACCGAUCAGACAAAUGUAGACAUUGCUGUUCAGUCGUGAACCUCCUAGCUUUUUAUAAUAUUCAAGUUGGAAGAAAAACAAAAAAAAAAAGGGUCCUUGAAUUUGCUUAGUUACUUUAUCAAUGUUCUGCAAGGAAACAACCUUUUUUUCUUUUCGUUUUCUUUUUCUUUUUCUUUUUUUUCUCUUUCUUUUUCUUCACCUGAAAUGACUCGUUUUAUGUGGCUUGUUUUGACGUGAAUUGUAUAUGUUUUGUAAUUUAUAUUGGUACCGGUACAUAUCCUGUUAUAUAUAAAAAGAGUUAUCCAUUCUAGUA